GGGAGGGAGGGAGGGAGUGAGGGGGAGAGGGAGAGCCACGGUCACACAGAGGGUAUUUGAACAGAGGAUCGGAACCGAAAAAUAAUCGUGUAAAUGCCCCAUCGGCUCCACGUUUCCCAGUGAAUUGGAAGAUCGAGAUGGAUGUAAACGGAGUUUCUCAGUGUCGGGAAAACAGGAGCUCAGAGCCCAUCCCCCACUCGCAGGGGUCUGGAGGCAGUGGCUGUCAGCAACAGCAGCAGCAGGAACAGCAGCAACAGCAGGAUGGGCAGAGGCAGGAGAGUCCAGCUGUCAAUGCCAACCUCACUCAGGAGAAGAGACAAGCAAAUGAUAAAGAAGACAAGAAGGUCAUAACAGCCGAUACGGAGAAAUCUCAUUUGACUACCUUCGAAGUACAGCCAGGCCCUGCAGUGAGGACUUACCAGAACAGUAAGGCGAGGGUCACAAUGAGCCCCGGCUUCACCCCACAGUGGAGCAACAACCAGUCUGCCUGGAACAAUUACGCCUUCCCUAGAGCUAGUGUUCACUACCAGUCGCAUGCCAGUUACAGCUACUGUCCUGGGCAUCAAGCCGAAAGGCAAGCAGAUAGAACAUCCAUCCAUGGGUCCUGGAAUGAAGAGUAUGGAAAAAUAGUAUCAACAAAGGCCAUCCUAGACAAAAACACCAACCAGUGCAAAGGCUAUGGAUUCGUAGACUUUGACAGUCCAGCAGCUGCACAGAAGGCAGUGGCAUCUCUCAAAGCCAGUGGAGUACAGGCUCAAAUGGCAAAGCAGCAAGAACAGGACCCAACAAACCUGUACAUCUCAAAUUUGCCUAUUUCCAUGGACGAGCAGGAACUGGAGAACAUGCUGAAACCCUUUGGCCAUGUGAUCUCCACAAGGAUAUUAAGAGAUGCGAAUGGUGUAAGCCGAGGGGUGGGAUUUGCCAGAAUGGAGUCCACUGAGAAAUGUGAAGUAGUAAUUCAGCAUUUUAAUGGGAAAUAUCUGAAAAUGCCACCAGGCGUACCAGCCCCCAAUGAGCCUUUGCUGUGCAAAUUUGCCGAUGGAGGGCAGAAGAAAAGACAGAAUCAAAGCAAAUAUACACAGAACGGAAGGCCGUGGCCCAGAGAAGGAGAGACUGGCAUGGCUUUAACCUAUGAUCCCACCGCGGCUAUGCAGAAUGGUUUUUAUUCUUCACCGUACAGUAUUGCCACGAAUCGUAUGAUUGCGCAGACAUCUAUCACACCAUUCAUUGCUGCUUCUCCUGUUUCCACGUAUCAGGUCCAGAGUACAUCAUGGAUGCCUCAUCAACCAUAUGUUAUGCAACCAACAGGUGCUGUGAUCACGCCCACAAUGGACCACACCAUGUCCAUGCAGCCUGCCAGUAUGAUGGGACCGCUAGCCCAGCAGAUGAAUCAUCUGUCACUGGGCACAGCAGGAACAUACAUGACAGCUGCAGCACCUAUGCAAGGGACCUACAUUCCCCAGUACACUCCUGUGCCUCCAGCAGCGGUGCCUGUUGAAGGUGUUGUUGCUGAUACCUCCCCACAGACAGUAGCGCCUUCAUCACAGGAAGCCAGUGGUCAACAACAACAGAUACCAGUGGAAACAACCAAUGAACACGCGCCUACCUAUUCUUACCAACAAGCUAAGUAA